UUUUCCCCUUCCUCCAUUAACUUAUUGCAGUUCUACUGUUGAUCAACAAUGCAUAUAUAUAAACGAAACAUCAAUAAAAGUUUGGAAUCCUCUAAAUUUUUUUCUCUGCCUUCUCUCUUCACCCACCGCCUUCCUUCACCGCCUAGGUUUUCAGCCUUCCUCGUCGACGAUCGGUGAUAAAUCUCUUCAUCACCCUCGCCGGCGAGAGAUCUGUGUUAGUUUAUCCGCUUUCCUUGUUUUCUUUGGUUUUAUUCGCUUUUCUUGGCCGAUCGGUGCUCUCGAAAGUUUUCAAGCCCGGUUUCAUCUAACGUAGUCGCGGCCAGUUGUUUUCAGCGGUGUUUAGUUAGUUUUAAUCGGCCAUGGUGUUGAUUGGGUGUUUCUCAACGGCGUUACGGGGUUGUAUUGGAAGUUCUGAGUUCAAAUUCCCCAUCGGGUGUGGUGGUUUUGGGGUUUCUUGGGUCGAUUAUCUUCGUCGUCGUUUUCCUCCGGUCCUUGAGUUCGGUGAUCAACGACUUUCAGGGGUCUUUCUGGUCAUCUGCUUCUUAGCGAUUUCAAUUAAAGGGGCAAGCAAUGUCCUCCAGUUUCUUGCUACCUUCUUUGAAAGAGGUGCUAGAAGAGGGCCUGCAUUUAAAUGUAAGGUUUCUCGCGGUAGAUUCACCAAGGAAAGUGUCUCUCCGAGUAGUGGUUUGAGUCUUCUAGGCGGUUGUGUUGAUCGACCUCUAGGAAAAGACCGGUGUUCUUUGUCCAUGUGUGUUGUUCAAUAGGUUGCAUUAUCUCAGUGAGGGAUUUUCUUCACUUCUCUUCAUCUUCCAUCACCAAAGAGCUUUUUCGUCUCUGCAAUAUAAAGACCUCUUUGCCGGUGUCAUUCUCCAACCAUCUUCAAAUUCACCCGUCCCUUAUAAUGUUUGUGACGUGGGUUCAAGUUCUAGCUCCGGCUAGGUUCAACCCCACGUGGUUUACCAGGUUCCGAGCUACUAUUUUAGUUUAAGGCUUUUCCUCAGGCUUGGGUAUCGCCCAUCACUGUUCCCUGUCUUAUGUGUGUAUGCUAGUGUUCUUCUCUCUUUCAAUGUCUUGUUGUUGUGCUUCUUUAGUUUAUAGGUUGUAAUCGUUUUUUUGUAUAAAUCCUUUGUCAAAAAAAAAUAAAAAAAUAACGAAACAUCAAUAAGCUAUCUUCAAACAAACAAUAGAUUGAAUUGAUUGUUGAACAGUUAAUUUCCACACAUCAAUUGAAACUCCAGUCAUCAAGAAAUUUGAAAUUAAACAAGAAUCAUAUUGAA